AUGAGUUGCUUCCGUCUUCCCAAGAAACUCAUUAAGAACCUUCAUAGCUUGGCUGCCAAUUUCUGGUGGGGGGAUACAAAAGACAAUAAAAGGCUUCAUUGGUGCACUUGGGACAAACUUUGCAAACCCAAAGAGGAAGGAGGUCUCGGAUUUCGGAGUCUCAAUGAAUUUAAUCAAGCUCUUUUGGCAAAACAAGGGUGGAGACUAAUCUAUAAUCCCCAAUCUUUGCUAGCUCGGGUGUUGAAAAAUAGCUACUACCCCAAUGUUUCUUUCAUGGAAGCGGGCUGCCCCCCGGGAGCCUCUUGUGUUUGGAAAGGGAUAUGUUGGGGUAGGAAAAUUCUGCAAGAAGGGGCUCGUUGGAGAAUAGGAAAUGGUAGAGAGGCUCGGGUUUGGGAAGAUAAAUGGAUACCUCGGCCUUCUGGAACUACUCAAAAAACCUGA